CGCGGGUACAAGCAGCCCAAAGCAUCCAGGACCCACAACCCGAAACUGGCAGGGCACAGGAGCGUUAAGACGUCCUUGGAGGGCUGACACGAAACCAGCAAUAACAGGCAUUCUGGACAGUCUUGGGCUGCAUACAUCGUCUGGUGCUGGCGCACCCGCCAGACAUUAUCUUGAAGGUAUACUAGGGCGAACGAGCUGAAAUGCACAGAAGAAAAUCGAGCCAUGAAGACGUGCCAGUGUCCAAUACUGAGCACACAGUCUCACUGAUUGGACGGGAUGGAAGCAAUUCGCCCAAAGGAAUACAUCCGGGUGCCACAAGGAAUGUGCAGAAUGACAUGACUCCUCCACGUCUGAGCGUAAACUCUACACCGCUGGAACCACCGCCUGGCUUUGGGGCGUCGCAAUUCUACCCCAAUUUACCACCGUCAGCAGGCCCUUUUCGUACCAGCUUCUCCUUCAAUUCGUCUGCUAAUGCCACGAAUGGUAACGGUGCCGCUCCUCCUUCUCCGUUGCGCGCUUCCUUCUCGAAGUCUGGGCACUCCCGUACCAGAUCGACGUCCGGGCCUUAUGCCUCCAUCGUGCCGUCACCUUUAUCACCGUCCUUUUCUUCACAGUCGGUCUCUUCAUCCGAGUCCUUCUCUUUUCCUCAAGAUGAGCGGUUGAGUCAAAGUUCAUCUUCGUCCUCUUCCAUAUCGGGACCUUCAAUAGGUGCCCCGCCAAAGAACUACCGCCGUCAUUCACGUAUAAAUUCCCGUAAUUUAUCCAUCUUCUUUCCCCGGCCAGGGGCGUUGCCCCAACAAACUAUCCUGGAAGACGGUGCUCAAGAGCUGGAGUAUGACAUUGAGCCGCAGGGUGUGCCCUUGCCCUCGAUGGAGAGCGCUCCGACUCUGCGCUCCCGAGUGCCCGAGAAAUUAGGCGAAGGGUUUACAUUCGGUGCGCGGCCUCCAAGUCAGUCUGAUGAGCAGGAUGAGCCACAUUUGCCUGCCUCCGCCACGCAUCCCAUGACAGCGAUGUCCUCCCGGCCGUCUAAGCGGGGACAUCACCAUCGGCAUUCGCUAUCGCAUAACUUCUUUUCAUUUCUUGAACCUGGAGCCGAGCAGACGGACUUGCAGACAAACCCUACCCCGAUGCCGGCUUCUCCGUGGAAUCCGGUCUCGCCUUUCAGCUCGGCCGUCUUCCCCAAAUCUGCGCAGCCGACUCAGACAAGCUUCGAACCCAGUGCGUCCGAGAAGAGUAUACACCAGUCUCUAGACAAUACACUAGACUUGGAACCUCGCCAUGUAACAUCUGCUAUUGCUAUCUUGUGCACUGCCGCUCAAUUCUUACUCGGUGCGUGGAUGUGGGUGCGUGGGCAGCAAGUCGGGUCGCUCGCGUGCACGGGGAUGGGAUAUUGGGUUGUCUUCGACGCUUUUGGACUGGGCCUUGGCCAGCUCCUCCCUGCGUACUUGUCAAGCCGAAGUAUGCAAGCUAAAAUCCGACGGCCUUACGGGAACGCGCGGAUAGAGACGGUACUCCUGUUCGCACAAGCCAUAUACCUCAUGUUCUCAGCCGUCUACGUCUGUAAGGAGACGGUGGAACACUUGUUGCUGUCCGUUGGAGAGGAGGGCCACCACCACCACGUUGGUGAUGAGACUGCCGGCCUAUAUGGCAUUGAGUUUCCCGUCUUCACAAUCCUUUCAUCUGUCGCGUCUUUAACGGGCAGCGCUCUGCUUUUCAAUAAUCACGCCAAGCUUGUGAAUGUUGCUGGCAACUAUCUGCCUCCUAUGUCAGCUAUCGUCCGCUCCGCUUUGUCUCGCUACCCAAUGCCCUCAUCAUAUACCCAUCCUCUACCUACCAACCAACUCGGAAUCCUGCUCUCUAACCCAUAUGCCUUAUCGCCUAUAUUAUCUGCAUCGCUAUUACUGGUCGUCGUCGCAAUCGUCCCUUCAUCACAGCACCAGUCAUUUGAUCUAUUGCUUUCAUCUCUGGAAACCAUCAUGAUGUUCCGAAUAUCCUACCGGGCCUGUGUUGCUCUCGGUGCUGUUCUGUUACAGACUGCGCCAGAGAGAGGCCUCCCAGGUGGCAGAAUGGAGGCGUUCCUCCGGACCAUGCGGGAGAUGGAGCGGCAUCCCGAGAUCCUCCAUCUACCUGCCCCACACAUAUGGCAGUUGACUGCCCCGCUUACACGGCCGAGCACCACGACAAGCAAGGCUGCGAUGCAGUCCCUUGUCGUGACGCUCGAGCUGCACGUGAAGAAAGAUAUUAGCGACCGCGAGGUGGUCGAGUUGACCCGGUGGGCUUGGGAGAAGUGUGAAAGCGCUCUUGCCGUCGGGACAAGCGGAAGUAGAGGUGAGGCUGAAGUAGAGGUGACGGUGGGUGUUGUCAGAGGAUGAGGCCCCUUCCCUGUGCGAUAUUGUCCGUCCGUCGCUUAUUCCUUCUGGAUCCUGUACAGUCUGAAUUAUAGCUCUGUUCCGGAUACUCCGGUGCGUCCUUUGACAUACGCUACACGUAUCCCCCCGACAUCGCCAUCAUACCCGGGAUAUCUUUGCGUGCCAG